AUGUCGAGUUCAACACCUUUCCGUCACACCGAGAAAGCACCUCCAACCCGCCUUGGGCGCUAUCGUCUCCUCUCGCCCACGGCGGCGGUUCAUGUCUCGCCACUCCAACUGGGUGCGAUGAGCAUCGGCGACAAGUGGCACGAGAUCGGCAUGGGCAGCAUGAACAAGGAGGACUCGUUCAAGCUGCUCGAUGCGUACUAUGAGGCCGGCGGAAACUUUAUCGACACCGCAAACGUCUACCAGUUCCAGUCGUCCGAGGAGUUCAUCGGCGAGUGGGCCGAGGCGCGUGGCAUCCGUGACCAGCUAGUCCUUGCUACCAAGUACACGAACAACUACUUGCGCGGAGAGCCGGACGUUCAGCAACAGAUACUCUUCAUGGGCAACAACAUCAAGUCCCUCCACAUGAGCGUCGAGGCGAGUCUGAAGAAGUUCCGUACCUCCUACAUCGAUAUACUCUACAUCCAUUGGUGGGAUUACGAGACCUCUAUUCCGGAGGUAAUGAACGGCUUGCACACCCUCGUCCAACAAGGCAAGGUGCUGUACCUGGGCAUCUCUGAUACACCUGCCUGGGUUGUGGCAAAAGCCAACGAAUAUGCGAGGUGCCAUGGCAAGUCGCAGUUCGUCGUUUACCAGGGUGAAUGGAGUGUGUUGGACAGGUCCUUCGAGCGGGAAAUCAUCCCGAUGGCGCGGAGCGAAGGCAUGGCCCUUGCACCGUGGGGCGUCCUCGGCGGCGGAAAGCUGCGCACCGAUGAGGAAGAGGAGCGUCGCCGCCAGACAGGUGAAAACGGUCGCGACCUCUUUGGCGCUGGCUGGGAGCGCACCGAGCCCGAGAAGAAGAUGAGCGCUGCCCUGGAGAAGAUCGCCAAGGAGGUCGGUGCCAAGCACAUCACGUCUGUUGCCAUCGCGUACGUGCUGCACAAGACUCCCUUCGUGUUCCCUAUCAUCGGCGGGCGGAAGGUUGAGCAUCUGCACGCCAAUAUCGAGGGCCUUAGCAUUCGCUUGACCAAGGAGCAUAUGCAGGAGCUAGAGUCUGUGAUUCCAUUCAGUGCCGGAUCCCCGUAUGAGAAAUUUGGAAAUGGGUCAGAGUACUCGUUCUUGCAGAAAUCCGCCGGAUUCUUGGACAGACUGCCAGACGUCCAGCCUAUCACUCCGUCCCUGGAUUAA